AUGUCUACAAUAUCAUCAUCGCCUUUAAACCGGUCAACAAAUCAAAUAGAAGCUCUUCAGAGUAAUGGCUCUUUCCAGAAUAAUACUUCUACAUACCAAAAACAACAAUAUAUAUGUUGCUGGAAAGGAUGUGAUCAGCGAUUUAAUAACGCAAAAGAUCUUAUAAUACAUUUGAGGGAAAUACACAUAAAAAUUUUGAAUAUUGAAUCUCCAUUAUUUCAUUGCCAAUGGGGUGAUUGUAAGAGUGAUGAAUCCACAUCAACAGAAAAUUUGCUUAAUCAUGAAUCACAGAUGGACCAAGGAAUAGCAGUACAGAACAUUUCCGAAUCAGUUCAACAACAGCCAGAUUCGCAAUUAGAAUUGCAAGUAAACCAGCAUGAUCAACGAAUCGAGGAAAGCCAGAAAAUAACUUGUGCACUUCAAUUGGAUACAGUACCACCUGACAGCUCACGACAAGUCGAUUCUGUUAAGCCAAAAGAAAUAGUAAUUAUAGACGACGACGAAUCCGCCGUUGAUAAGCCCAUUCAAGUGGCUAAUUCGGUUUCUGCUGCACAACGAGUCACAAAUAACAGGAUGUCUGUAAUGCAAGAGUUUGACACAAGGUCAAGGCAAAUUACGCAGACACUACAUUAUUCAUAUCUUACUGAGACCCAAGGGCAUUCAGUUCCGUCUUUUAAUGUAACCUCAAAUCAGGUACAGAAGCCAAGCCGACAAUUUCAAGUCCCGAGCCAGAUGGCGCAAGUCCCGGGUCAUAUGGCACAUGUUCCUAGUCAGAUGGCUCAAGUCCCGAGUCAUAUGCCACAUGUUCCUAGUCAGAUGGCCCAAGUCCCGAGUCAGGUAGUACAAUUUCCUAAUCAGAGGGUUCAAGUUCCGAGUCAACGUGUUCAAAUGGGAGCAAAUGCUUCACCACAUAACAGUUUUAGAUAUCACCCAGCACAACAUGGUAACAACAUAGUUCGAACUUCACAACAGAAUUACCACACAUCGGGUUUACCAUUGGUACAGACAUAUCAAGAUGAGAAUGUUAUUAGGAUUAUACAACAAAAUGAUGUAUUGCGGCAAGAAAAUGAAAAGCUAAAGUUUGAGUUGAGAAAUAUGAUGACGACAGCAGCAUUUCAGGAACCACUUAAGAAAGAAAAUGAACAAUUAAAAAUAGAGUUACAAAAUCUGAAAGCGAAAAUUGCUGCACAGGAAGCACAACCAAGACAAAGUGAACGUGAAAAUUUUUUGAUGGUUGAACUGCGAAAAUUGAAAACGCAGCUUAUGCUUAAGGAAUCACAAUUAAAAAUGACCGAAGGGGAGCUUGUCUAUCAUAGGAGGGUUACGAAUCUUAUAACAGAGCAAAUUCGUCGGUCGGAUUCUAAGAUGAGAGAAAUAUGGGUGAAUAUGCUACUUGACAAAGGCCGUAAAAAACAUAAUGAAAAAAUGUUGAUCGAAAGAGCCUCCUUAAAAAGAACUAGAGAAGAAACUGAUAUGCAAGAUUCGAUAACAGGAGCGAUUCAGAAAAGAAGCAAAGAAAGCGAAGGGAACAGUGAAGGAGCUUCAGAAAACUCAAAAGAUACCAAAGGAAUAGAUGAAGAUAAUACUAAUCAAGAUGUAGAAAAUAUGGAUGUAGAACCGAUAGAGAAGCCCGAUUCAGCAGAGUAUGAUAUCAAUGUUAUCACGGAAGCUUACGUUUGUCAAUGGGAUGGAUGCAAAAAAGCAUUUAGAACAAAACUAGCACUCAAGGCACACAUUCCAUCCGAACAUAUAGCAGCCGAGUGUUUACGCGUUCACGUGGAUAGACCAUCAAUUUUGUAA